CUCCCGCGAGGUUGAUUUCUGCGCGCGAACAAAACUCGACGCCACACCAGCAUUCGGCUGAAAGAGGGCUCGUGGAAGAUUCUGGAAGAGCCGCUGUGAGCUGCAGUCUUGUGAGGGUGCUAAGCGUUGUCUUCAUAUAAGAGCUGUCUCAAAAAAAAAAAACACCAUGGUCAAGGAAAUGGGAUUUUACGACACUUUGGGUGUUCAGGCCAACGCAACACUUGAUGAGCUGAAAAAGGCCUAUCGAAAGCUCGCCCUGAAAUAUCACCCUGACAAAAACCCUACAGAAGGAGAGAAGUUCAAGCAGAUCUCACAGGCAUAUGAAGUGCUGUCAGACCCUCAGAAGAGAGAAAUCUACGACAGAGGAGGUGAAAAGGCGUUAAAGGAAGGCGGAACGGGCGGUGGUGGCGGCGGUGGCUUUGCCUCACCUAUGGACAUCUUUGACUUUUUCUUUGGUGGAGGUAGUCGCAUGCAAAGAGAGCGAAAAGGAAAGAAUAUGGUGCACCAAAUCACUGUAAGUUUAGAGGAACUUUAUAACGGAGCAACGAGAAAACUGGCCGUGCAGAAGAACUGUAUUUGUGAGAGGUGUGAGGGUCGCGGGAGCCGUAAAGGAGCGGCACAGGUGUGCAUGUCUUGCCACGGAACGGGAAUGCAGGUCCGGGUUCACCAGCUGCUGCCUGGCAUGGUUCAGCAAGUGUCAACUGUGUGCUCCAGCUGCCAGGGACAAGGACAGAGAAUCAGCCACAAGGACCGCUGCAAAGCUUGUGGAGGCCGGAAGAUCCUCCGGCAAAAGAAGAUCUUGGAGGUCCACAUUGACAAAGGAAUGAAAGAUGGUCAGAAGAUUGUUUUCCACGGGGAGGGAGAUCAAGAGCCAGGUCUUGAACCAGGGGAUAUUAUCAUCGUUCUGGACCUGCGUGAACAUUCACUUUUCACAAGGAAAGGAAACGACCUGGUGAUGUCCAUGGAGCUGCAGCUGGUUGAGGCUUUAUGUGGUUUUAAGAGGCCCGUCCAGACGCUGGACAACAGAACUCUCCUCGUCACGUCACAUCCAGGAGAAUUAAUAAAGCCAGAAGACACCAAAUGUAUCCUCAAUGAAGGCAUGCCCACCUACCGCAGACCGUUUGAGAAAGGACUUCUCGUCAUUCACUUCUCCGUGGUGUUCCCGCCAGCCAAUUUCCUUCCUAAAAACAGACUGAAGGACCUGAAGCGCUACCUCCCAGAAAAGACGUCAGCGGAGGAGCCGGACAGCAUGGACGAAGACCUCUACAUCUACGCCGAGCUGGAGGACUGCGACCUGGAGAGCCGCCGCCGGCACCGGCAUCAGUAUUACUACAUGGAUGAGGAUGACUACGCCAGCACAGGUGGUGUUCAGUGUCAGACAUCCUAAUGAACCGUUUCCCACAAUCCUCCUUUCUGAUGACUUGACUUUUUUUUUUUUUACUUCUUUGCCUGAAAAUAUUUCACCUUAAAUUCCUAAUUUAUUUCACAGAUUUAGAUCAAUAAACGACGUUUGCCACAAGUUUAGGACUUGAUGCAGAACUUAAUGUAACCACUGGGACCAACUUUGAUUUUUUUUUUUUUGUUUUUUACCAAUCACACUGUGAUUAUACAGACUAGCAUCCUCUAUUUUUAGUGCAAUUACUCCAAUUCAAAUUUCCCUGAAAACAAAUGCGUCUCUGGUCUGUUCUUAAUGUAAUUUAUAAAGGCUUCCGUGUGAAUUGUGAACAUGAAGAAAUGCACAUAAAAACUUUAAAUAUCAGAACAUUUAGGCAGGGUUCCCUUCGAAGGGCUAUUUUCUAAACAUCGCCAAAUCCUUUUGAACAGAGUGACCUGACACAGAAAGGUUGAGGCUCAGGCCACCAAGCUACACAUUCAGAAAGGUCAUUUUCCAUUGUGAUUUUACUGGUUUGUACUCGUCAAAUGUAAAGAACGUGUGUUCCACGUGUGUAAAAUAUACUUUUUUUUUAAGUUCAACAAAUUCCAAAGCACCUGGAUGAUGUACACCUGAAAAGAUUUGAGAAAACGUGCUGUUGUUAAGACAGCCACUUUAUACUGUGCCAAACUGUAUUUAAAUUCUAUAACAAGGAGAAGCUAAAAAAAGGCUAUUUGUAUGAUAUUUAAAUCGAUGAAGAAAGGUCAUAGAUGGGCAGUUUUGAUACCUUGUCUAAGUGUUUACCUUUUCCCAAAGCCUGAUUAUAACUUAAAUCUUCAAGUUGUCUUGUUGCCUUGGACUUUCUUUGGUUGUUGCAAAACAUGUAAUCACAAAAGAAACUGCUGACUUUAUUUUAAACUAAUGUGUAUUUCUUAGUCCUCAGACUGUCAGAGGUUUGAGCUAAAAGGGAAAUGAUCUCAAGGUCUAGAUUGAACUUUUUUUGACAAAGAAUGUGUGUGAUCUUGUUUUUCUUAAUAAAUAAAAAUGUCCUAAUUUAUAAAACUUUAA